UGUCAGCUUUCAUGUAAGACUGCCCUCUUCACCCUGCUGCCGUUAAACCUCUCUUAGAUAAGUAGUCUGACACUGACUUGGACCAUACGUCCCUGUUGCUUUCUGCCAGAGAAAAGUUUAUUAUUUGGGUCAUUACUGCCCUUUAACCUCUGUUAAAACUUUCCCUCUCUGUGUUUGUUUUCCCCCUCAUCUGGACACAGCCCAAAUAUUACUCUGCAACCUCUAACAAAACCCAAUCAAAGCUAAAUCUCUUCCACCCUGUUGUUUCGUCUCCUUUGGAGGCAAACUCCAAUAUCAGCACUGGCACAUGUAAGGGAAACUGUCCAUGAAGCAAAAUGUCUAAACCCCCCAUUGUUGGGCUUUUGUUGCCUCCACCUCGCGAUACCACCAGUCUCUCGUUCGGCCAUAUAUAUCUGGGAGUCCAAAUUUUUCCACUCUUAGACUGUGUGAGUAUUUUGGAAGAGUUAAGAGUGGAAAAUGUCUCAGUACUCAGGAAAGAUUGUGUUCUAUGAGGGAAAAUGUUUUACGGGGAGGAAGCUGGAGAUCUGCAGCGACUGCGAUAACUUCCAGGAUCGUGGCUUCAUGAACAGGGUCAACUCUGUGCGUGUGGAGAGCGGUGCCUUCAUCUGCUUUGACCACCCAGACUUCAAGGGCCAGCAGUAUAUUCUGGAGCAUGGCGAGUACCCUGAAUUCCAGCGCUGGAAUGCCCAUAAUGAUCACAUGGGCUCCUGCAGACCAAUCAGAAUGCACGGAGAGCACUACAGGAUGGAGAUGUUCGAGGGAGACAACUUUACCGGCCAGUGUGUGGAGCUGUGUGACGACUGUCCAUUUCUGCAAGCACGAGGCUUGACCAAGAAUUGUAUCAACUCCAUCAAGGUUUAUGGAGACGGAGCCUGGGUGCUGUACGAGGAGCCAAACUACCGUGGCCGCAUGUACAUCGUGGAGAGGGGAAGCUAUUGCACCCACAUGGAGUGGCAGGCAGAGAACCCCAACAUCCAGUCCGUUCGCAGGGUGGCAAAUUAUUUUUAAAGCUACCUCACCAUUGGUGGCAAAAUAAUCAACCACUGAGGAUAAACAUGCCACGCUGUCAAGUAAUCUCUCACUGACUCUGUGGAGCUGUAUAAUAAUAAAAUAUGAA